AUGAAUCCACUAGUUCUCUUGGUUAUUUCAUCUUUGUUUUUCCAGUCAGUAUAUUUGGGAGUUGAAGCAGCAAAAGCUAGACCAGUAAAAGGUACCACCCGGUCCCAGAUUAUUGUAAUGGGUCUUGUUUAUUGUGACAUCUGCUCCAACAACACCUUCUCCAGACACAGCUACUUCAUACCAGGUGCUGAAGUUAAAAUAGAUUGCAUGUUCCAAGCAGUCUCACCAAGAACCUCAGAACAUAUAUCAUUCUCAGUGAACAGAACUACAAACAAAUAUGGGGUCUACAAGUUGGAAAUCCCAGCUGUUGAGGGGAUCAAGUGUGCACAGGAUUCAGCAAUAGUUUCAUCCUGCCAGGCAACCUUAAUGUGGAGUUCAUCUUCAGCAUGCAAUGUUCCUGGUUACAAAUCCACGUCAGAUGAAAUAGCAGUCAAGUCAAAACAAGCCAAUCUCUGCAUCUACAGCCUAAACUCAUUGAAUUUCAGACCAUCAAAGAGAGAGAUCACCUUAUGUGGGAAGAAAAAUUAG